ACGAAUUUCAGCAGGCAAUGGACCCGGCCGUAGAGGAGAGCGUAAAGCGGUUCGCCAAGGACAUCUAUGAGUACUGGAAGUCAAGGCGGACCAGCGGCGGCAGCGACCCACUGCUUCCCACACCCAAGAUCGAGGCCGGCCGAGACACCGAUGAUACAGACCCAUACGUCUGCUUCCGUAGGCGGGAAGUGCGCCAAACUCGCAAGACCCGUGGCAGAGAUGCGCAAAGUGCCGAUAAACUGAGGAGACUCAGGAAGGAGCUGGAAGAUGCUCGGCAGAUGGUCGCCCUGGUGCGCCAGCGCGAGUUAGCGAGGAAGGAGAUGUUGGCAAUCGAACGCCAAGUAUUCAUGCAAAGAUCGGAAGUCAAGGAGAUGAAGAGGAAGCUCAACAUCAAGGACGAUGACGAGGACCUCAUCAACCAAAAGCCAAAGAAGAAGCCAGCAGAAGCGCCAGCCGUGCAACGCCCGGCAGCGCCUCAACUGCGCAUGCCCCCCAAGGCUGGUACACAGGCUGCGGAAGACCUGCAGCUAUUGGAGGAUGUCCAGGCAGAGAAGGAGAACGAGAUUCUGCGCGAUAUCAAGCAGAAUAUCACCAAGCACAUCAAGUGGAACGAGGGUUAUGUGGACUUCACAAGAGCCCCGCUCUCACCGUCGCCUGACCGAAUGUUUGAUUCCGCUUUCCGCCCUGCUAUCACCACGCAACUGCCCACGCCACCAUCGUCGGAUUCUUCCGAGAAUUUGCUGGAGUCAGCCUUAGAUACCACGAGUGCCAUCGCUCUCCGAGAUAAAUUAGCCCCCCAUGCCAUGGAAUUGAGUGAGGACACCAGCCAGAUGCCCUCCUUCAGACGACGUAUCGGGCGCGGCGGUCGUCUGUGGAUCGAUCGACGAAAGCUGGCGUCACGUUGUAGAGUCGAAAUGGAUCCGUGGAAAGCCGACCGGUUCAAGUAUGAUCAGGAGGACUCGGACGACGAUCUCGACUUUGAUCGGGACCAGUAUGAUAUCCAGAUCAUGCAGCACCGGGCCAUCAUGGCGGCCAAAGCCCGAGACCAACAAGCAGCGGCCGCAGCUCAAGCUCAUGCGCAGGCGCAGGCGGCUCAGGCCCAGGCUCAAGCUCGGCGAUUGCAGGCCGAGCAGACCUCAGCCACCAAUCCACCAAGCGGAGGGCAAACCAUGGGAUCCAAUCCCGGGCCUGGUGCCAUUGCCUCGACCUCUGAGACCUAAGCUGGGCUUCGUUCCUCUCCCCUCUCUUAUGCCUUUAAUCUUCCACCCCAUGUUUUGCAUCUGGCAGGCGUUGUUCUUUCAACAUUUUUCCCUUACCCUUGAUUGUACUUUUACCCCCCCCCCUCAGCCCUGCUUCUUCAACACCAUACCCCAAACACCAUUUCUUUCUGGAGCGCCGGAGAGCAUUCGAAUCUCAGGAUAAUGUCGCCGGAUGAUGCUUUUUCUUAUGACAUGACCCUGGUAUUAUGCGAAAGUUAGUGUACAUAGCCAGUUUUGUCUUCUUUUCUUUUCUUUUCUUGUCUCUCGGCCGAGCAGUCGAAAGACUCAUGUACGGAUAGCGACGCUAUGAGGUCAGUAACGAAGAAGGAAACAAAAUCCAUAUUAAUUAGACAAAAGAGAAAAGCAAAC